AUGAAUAUUCAACGUAAAGUCGCCAUCGUUACCGGUGCAUCCUCCGGAAUUGGUCGUGCAAUUGCGAUUCGCCUAGUAAAUGAAGGGGCCAAAGUCGUUAUUGCUGAUAUUAACGAAGAUGCUGGCAAUUUAUUCGCAAAUGAACUUAACACCAAUAAAUCGGAAAUUAUCGCAAUAUUUCAUAAAACUGAUGUAAGUAAAUGGAAGGAAUUGAUCAGCCUAUUCGAUAAAACUAAAGUGACGUUUGGAAAAAUUGACAUUGUGAUUAAUAACGCUGGUAUUGUUGGACAACCCAAUGGAAUGCUGGAAGAUUCAUUAGAAGAACCCGAUUUUGCAAGAACUUUAAAUAUUGACCUUUUGGGUGUAGCUUAUGGAGGUGUUAUAAUUAACACGGCUUCUGUUGCAGCACUUUAUCCAAUAUUUAACGUUGCAGUUUAUGCGGCUGCUAAAGCUGGUGUUGUUAGUCUAACUAGAUCAAUGGCACAAGUUAGUCAAUUAUUCGGUAUUACUGUUAAUGCUGUAUGUCCGAGCGUUACCGAAUCGGGAUUGACGACUAAAGCAAUUGGCUUUCUUCCUGAGCAUUGGUGGUCACCUGUUAAUUUUGUUGUUGAUGCAUGUUUUAAAUGUAUUUAUAAUCCAAAAACAAACGGAUCGAUUUUUUCAGUUUGGUAUGAAGGAAUAAAAGAGGAGAAAUUUGAGAAAUACCACACUGUAUUUGAAGAAAUGUUACAAGGAGAUUAUCAAAAUUUUCUGAAAACAAAUAAUAUAAAUACGUGUUAA